UGCUAAAGCUAAGAGCGGAAGUGGAGUUUAGAGUUUCGGGAAAAAUAAAAUGUCUAAACUCCGCGUCCUGAGAGCUCUGGUGUCCGAGAGACUCUCUGCGGCCGCGGACGAGAUCUUUGCUCUGGUGGAGACGACGAUAGCGGAAUAUGAAGAAGAACUGCGCCGCUCCAGAGAGGAGAACCAGAGGAACCAGAGGAACCAGCGGCUCCCGGACCCGAGCGGCGCCGGAGACAGAGCAGCUGUUCAGAGCCGCUGGUUCAGCCCAGAGCCGAGUAUCAACGAGGAAAAAGCAGCGAGUCCACGGAUUAAAGAGGAGGCAGAGGAGCCGAGCGUGAAACAGGAGGAAGAGUCGCUCCCGGAGUUCACCGCCGUGUGUGUGAAGAGCGAAGAGCCGUCCUCACUGCUCCGACUGAGACAAACCGAGGCCCGAGAGAAAGAGGAGCAGCCGGCGCGUGCACAGGGACACUUCCCCUCGCGCGCCGACCCGCAAACCGACCGCUCCUCUGACACGGACGACGACGAAGACUGGGAGGCUCCGGCCGCCGCUUCCACCGCGCGCACGGAGACGGAGGAGCACGGAGAGCGCGACGAACAAACGCCGAGGAAACGAAAAGGAGCAGGAGGAGAGAUUCUGGAGUGCCCGUUCUGUCAGAAAGGCUUCACGACGAAACACAACUUGGAGACGCACACCAGGGUUCACACUGGCGAGAAAACCUACAGGUGUCCCAUCUGCCGCAGCUCGUUUGUGCGUAAGUGCUCGCUGAAGGCUCACGCGCGAACGCACCGGGAUGGAAACCUGUACCGCUGCUCCGUGUGCGCGCGAGCCUUCCCCCAACUCUCCUCGCUCACGCAGCACUACCGCACGCACACCGGGGAGAAGCCUUACAGCUGUUCAGUUUGCAACAACAGGUUCACGCAGCAUCACCACCUCACGGAGCACAUGAGAACCCACACCGGGGAGAGGCCUUACAGCUGUUCAGUGUGCGGGAAAGCGUUCGCGCGAUCGUUCACUCUGAAAAUCCACCAUCGGCAGCACAAAAGCGGUCAGGACGCGCAGGGGGGGCGUUUGUCGUUGCGUUUGUCGGCCGCUCAGAGGGAGAGCGGCGUCUCUGCCCCAGGAGCGCCGGGACACGCGAGCGCGAACGCGACAACGCAGCGAGAGGGGAAACUCUACUGCUGCUCGGUCUGCGGAAGGACAUUCUCCCAGUUGUCCUCGCUUACGCAGCACAACAGGACACACACGGGCGAGAAACCUUACAGCUGUUCGGUCUGCAAUAACAGGUUCACGCAGCAGCAUCACCUGACGGAGCACAUGAGGAUUCACACCGGAGAGAGACCGUACAGCUGCUCUGUCUGCGGGAAAACCUUCGCUCGGUCGUUCACGCUGAAAAUUCACAUGAAAACGCACGGAGCGGCUCCCUGCAGCAGUUCAGCUCAGACUCUGGUGUUUUCUCCAGAUCUCCUCCAGAUGGAGACCUGCCGGGAACAGCUGCAGGGUCUGGAUGAGAGAAACGUGUGAAAAGACGACUCAGAGAAACCUUACAGCUGUUUACGCUCGCACAAAGUUCAUCUCUUCAGUUUAAGAAGCAGCAUCUCGAGUCACAGUUAAACGGUUCUUCGCUUCUUUCUUAAAAAAACUAAAAGCUUGAGGCGUUUGGAUGGAAAAAAACACCUCACAGCGAUGGAGCAAAACUGAAACAGAAGAAAUGUUACUGUUACUAACGUCUUCUCACUCAAAAUGUCCCAGUGAGUGUGUUUACGUGCACAUCAGUGUCAGUAUGGUUGGGUUUUUUGAGUUACAACGGUCGCUUGUUUAUUGUUAUUGUUUAUGUUUUAAAAAAUAACCCGCAAUAGGCGAAGUGUCAGCUUUUGUGUGUGUCUCUGUGUGUGUGUGUGUGUGUGUGUGUGUGUGUGUGUGUGUGUGUGUGUGUGUCCACCCUCGAAAAUUCCACCAUUUAUGAACCGAUUGGCACCAAAUUUGGUACGUGGGUCAAGCCUAGACCUGUGACGAUCACAGAUUUUGCUGGACAAUUAAUUGACCAAGAAUUCAUUGCGAUAAACAUUAAUAUUGACAUUUUGAGACCAAUUUCAACUAAUAUAAUGACCAUGGAAUAAAAAUUCAAAUACAUCCUUUCAAACAUCAAUAAACCUUAUAUUCUAAAUAACAUUUAA